CAAAAUGACGGAUCGGCGAUGGUUCCCUCGGAGAUACGACUGUACCCACGGGCCAGUCUCAGCAUCGACGGCUAUUGAAUAGCCCUUUGUGCUUCGGACGGCAAAGCUACCACAAUGCAAGCAAGAUGGUAUUUAGGAUGAGACAAUGAAUUUAUCAUCUCUACUCCAAAGCGCUUUGUUCCCAGCUCUGCUACUCUUGCAGGUUGCGAACGGCGACAAUGAUACCAACACUAUUCAGCGAGACAAUACUCCGCGAAACAGUAACGCAACCUUGAAUGGACGACGCAUUUGCCCAAUGACUCCUCCCAUUAACGUCAAUUUUACGCUAUCUGAAAAGAACAUGACGGAUAUCUAUGAGGCAUCGAAGCUCUGUAAAUUGAUAUACCCCGAUUUCUCUGGUUACAUCCAAGGGCAAGUUGAGGAACAACGAAAGAACUACGAGAUAUUUGACGCAUGGGGCGACUUGAAUGAUCAAGCUGCAGUGGCCAAGACAGCAACUGGAGUAUGCCACGCUACUUUUGCUGGUUCCAGUUGUUGGAAUCCCUUGGAUCAAUUUCAGAAUCUGCAUCCGGGGCCCAAACAGAUGACAGACAACUGCUGGAUCCGCAAAGGUUACUUUGAUGCCUACAACACAUCGUACAAAAAUUCGUUUCGGAGAUCUUUGGAUGACUGCAUGUCUUCUUGUGGAACAGAGCCGUGCGAACUUAUCCUAUCAGGAUAUUCCCAAGGCGGUGCCGUGGCGGUGGUGGCAUCCAUGGACCUCAAGCACUACAACCCCUUCGUCAUUACGUUCGGAGCGCCUCAUCCCUUUCUUCUGUUUUUGGGAGGUUGUCAAGACUUCGAUGACUCAAGACACUUUCAGUUUGUCAAUGUAUUUGGAGGUUUGUACGAUCGCGUGGCUCAACAAAUCAAUCCGUACUUUGCCACCCACCUAGGCAAACUACUGUUGUUGGACGGAGAAAGCCACAUGAUUGGCCAUCCGAGGGAGGUACGGAAACGACGGGGGCCGCGAAGCUAUGUACCGCACAUACUUUACUUUGACCGAGUUGCCGAUAUAUACAAUCGUGGAUGCUUCCCUGUUUUGGUGGGAGGUUGGGUGUCUGGUCAUGACUGUAACUAUGACGACGAGUGUGAUUCCGGAAAGUGCGCCCGGAGGGUCUGUCAGCACCAAUGACAGAGUUUGUGGUUGUGACCGUUCCUUAGACGACAACAGUAGGCUUCAUUCGAUUGAUUUCCAGCAUUACGAACGAUGCAAACAGCAAAACAACAAUCCACUCAGACCGAUAAAUGUAUUUGCUUGUGAAGAGCCGGAAUUCGGGAUUGCAACGAAACGUACUGGCAAGGAUACCUACCGUACCGGUAUGAAUGGAAAGGCAUGCUUUGGUUCAGCCAGGCUAUGCAACACACGUGAGUCAAGUCACAGUGUGGGAGCUUCAAACCUCGGAAUAUGUACAAUCAUCAUUUUUUAAAGCUUCGGUUCAGCCAUUUCCACUGGAUUGCAGCCAACUAAACUUUUUAAAACCUUUCCGCCAAACGCACAUCAAAACUCGCGAAGCAUCGCUCGAAGAUCGAUAUCCUCUGGAAGAGUUUUGGUGAAAAAUUCUCUGCAUGCUGGCGUCUCCGUGCGAAAUUCGAUUGGCCGUAUCUUCGCUGCAAGAACAUCACUAUUCACUACUUUGCUUCUGCUUCGAGGGUACUGUAGCGAUACAGUGGGUUCUCAGGCCAGCGUUGUUGUAGAUUGGCAAAAACCAACGAUUGUUCGGGCCGUCCACACCGCAAGGGAUAUUGUAUUGUAGAGGUCUCCUUCCUCCUUCCGAAACGAACUGUUGCUGGGGCGCAUUGACACUGACUAUUUAUUUUCUUCCGAAAUAAAUGUUGGCAUCAUAUUUGGCCUUUUUCAGGACGAGCCACGAGAAUGAUGACAGAGAAACCUGUGACUGUGGCUCCGUUUGCAGCCACCAGCCAAGGAGGCGUCUAUCAAGCUACAUUCAUGCUGGUAGCUAGAGUGGGACAGGGCGGUCUCUUGCUAGCUAGGGCGGCAGAGUUAUCUAUUCUACGGAAGUCGGCGGGGGUCGUUAUCCACAGAAAGACUUUCGCUCGACACGGUAUACAGUCGUACCGUAGUUCAUCUACAGUGACAAAA